AUGGAUUUCGAAUUCACUAUAAUCAAUAAGACCGAAAUAUUAUUGGUAUCCGGCGCCAUCUCCAACAGUUUAGAAAAAUAUAAGCCGAUGAAACUGGAGGGGAAUCCUCUUGUACUUACGCAAGACGAUAAGUUAAGGAGGUUCCGGCGCCGUGACUUGGGAAAAGUUGUGCAAACAAUCAAAAGGGUAUUCCGGAAUAAACCAAACUUGACCACACCAUUGUUGGAGCAAUUAUACAAAAGUAUGAACCAUCAGGGGGAGUCAACUUUGUCAACGGUAUACCUACAGAAAUAUUUGCACAUUGAUAACAGGGAGCCAAUAAUUGUUUUUUGGAAUGGAACGACAGAUCUAACAAUUAUAAAAAGAUUAAGGUUAAGGGGUAUUUUAGCAUUUUUAAAUAUAACAGCAUAUAGUAAUAGGAAUAAUGAUGAAUUCAAUUUAAAACUAACUAACAUGGAAACAAGGGAAACUUUAUAUUCAGGGUACUUAGGAAAACUUAAUAAAAACGACAGAAUGUUAAACUUAUUGGAAGCACAUGGAUUGGUGUGCAAUGCGAAUCAUCAUAUCACGCAUUGUCACGAUCCUAUUGCUGAUGUAAUUUUAACCAAAUGCGUUUUUGACUAUGUAGUCGCGAAAAUAAAGCUGAUAUAUUUAUAUAGACUAGUGCAGGCAAAAGAACCACCCGACAACCAAACUGGUAUAACCCUUCAGUAA